AUGUGGCCUUGGCGCACAGCGUCUGACAGCCGGGCAGCUGGAGCGAUAGUUAUUCUGCCCGACGGCUUUCAUCUCUCCCUCGCCGCGCGCCUCACGGUAGAGCAAGCACUGAGGCGCGUACUGCCGUACUGCCUCCGCGCAGCGUCCACGUCCUUAGCAUUUCCAUCCACGUCAGCAGGUCCCGUGCCCACGUCAUCAUCGUCCAGGUCCACGCUGUCUUGCGCCGCAGCGUCCGAGCCUCUCGAGAUCGCCCUCUCGCUACGCGCCGCAACUCCCGGCUUGUUUCACGGCCCCGCGAAGAAAAGUCUUCGCUUGUCGAAACGGCUGUGUAAGGGAUGGACGUAUGUAGUCACCGCGGAGAGCGCUCUUAGCGAGAAUGAAUUCGAUAAGGAGCGUAUGAUUCGAUUUGACCGGCGCGCGCACUGGGAGGUGCUGGCGGCGGUGAAGAAGCGCGAAGCCGCGAUGGCCGUGGCGCGCGGUGACAGGCGGCGACGACAGUUGCUAGUUGCUGUCUUUCCCCCAUCCCGCACCUCAGUCGCUGCCCUUUUCCCCCAUCCCGCACCUCAGUCGCUGCCCUUUUCCCCCAUCCCACACCUCAAGCGCUGCCUUGUCCCCCAUCCCACACCUCAAGCGCUGCCUUAUCCCCCAUCCCACACCUCAAGCGCUGCCUUGUCCCCCAUCCCGCACCUCAAGCGCUGCCUUGUCCCCCAUCCCACGCCUCAAGCGCUGCCUUGUCCCCCAUCCCGCACCUCAAGCGCUGCCUUAUCCCCCAUCCCGCACCUCAGUCGCUGCCAACCACCGCAGUGGCGCGCAGUCCCGUUCGAUCCACGUGUCGACUCUUCGCGCUACUUACCGCAUCACACAUGCCCCGCAUAUUCCCACCAGGUACCCGCAUCUUCCGACCCAGGCCUCCUCUGGCCCGAUAGCCCCGACCGACGGAGCGAUUGCAGCCGUACGAUUAAGUUCCGCUCGCACUUUCAGUUGGAGUCACCGGGGUACUCAACCGAGGCAUCUGUUAACGGGGAUGCGAAGGGCUACGAUCUGGGCGACUCAAAGGAGUCGCAGCGAGCAUCGCGAGUUUCGAGCGACGGAUCUGGUCGCGUCGAGACGGUCGCUACGAUUACGACUGGCGAGAGAGGGUCGGAGAGCCGGAGGAGGAUGGGUGAGAGCCAAAGUAGCGAAAGCGGCGAAAGUGGCGAAAGUGGCGAACAAGGGGAAUGCCGAUGGGCGAAUGAGGUGACAAGGAGGAGAAAGAGAGAGGAAGCGGACGAAGAGGCAUAUGCGACAGAGGAGGAGGUGAGUAAGAGCGAGGCGAGUGAGUGGGAGGAGGUGGAGGAGGAAGGCGGGGACGAGCAGGUAGCUGAGGAGUGUGAAGCAGAGGCGAAUGGAAAAGAAGAUGAGGCGUGGCAGGAUGAGAACGGGGAUGAGGAUGGGAGAUGGGAGGAGGAGAAAACGGGGACGGGGGAAGAGGAUAACGUGGGCAUGCGGGUUAAAGAGGAGAUAGAGGAAGGUGAGGAGAAAGGAUUGAAGGAGCAGGCGGAGGAAGAAGAAUGGGAGGAAAAGGAGGUAAGGCGGGAGGAGGAUGAGGAGGAGGAAAGGGAGGAGGGGGAUGAGGAGGCGUGGGAGGAAGAAGAAGGGGGAGAUGGAGAGGGAGAGCGAGCGUACGAUGUAGAAGCGGAGGGGGGCGUGGCGGACGAGGGGGGACGGGUGGCAGGCGGGGGAGCCGUUGGCUCGUGGCGUGCGGGUGAGGCGGCGAGCACCAUCGCGAGCAAGCAGCAGCUCGCCGCGGGGGCAGAGGUGCGAGUGGCGGGAAGGGGGGAGGCCAGGGCGGUGGAGGAAGGGGAUAGGGCGGAAGGGAGGAGCGGAGGGGCAGGGGGCGAGAAGGAGGCGGAGGAGGAGUUGCAGCGAGGGCUGGGGGGAAGUGGCCCUGUUGGCGCGGCAGCAGCAGAGUUGUGGGAGGGCGCAGCAGGGGGGACUGUAGCAGCGAGGGAUGCAGCAGCGGGGGUUGCAGUGGGGAGUGCAGCAGGGGGUACGUGGCGGCUGCGGGGAGUGCGGUGGAGCAAGCGGUGGCGCGCGGUGGGCGGAGUGGCGGGCGGAGUGGUGGGUGGAGAGGCACGUGGAGACGCGGGCGGAGAAGCGGGAGGAGAGGUGGCAGAGCGAGCAGCGUUGGAUCCCAUGCAGAGUCGUGAGAUGCCGGGAGAUCAGGCAGCGGCCAAGGCAGGGCAGGGAGGCAAGCAGCGGACGCAGGAGGGUAUAGGUGACGCUGCUGUGGGCGGCGGAGGGGAGGGGGACAGCUACGGAGGCACGGACGCAGAUGUGGGUCGUGUGUCCCUGGCGUUUGCGGGUUUGGGCUUGGGUGGUCGACAAGGCGAGGAGGAGGAGGAGGGCGAGGCGUUGCAGACGGGGAGUGGGGACGCAGGGAGGGAUGUGGUGAGGGCUGAGGGGACGGACGUCAGUGUCGACCCCACCAGUGCUGCGCUGCGCAGCGGCAUGCAGUGGAUCGAGGAAACCACUCGACGCUCGAGCAGCGGGCCGCUGAGUCAGAGCAGCGGGCCGCUGAGUCAGAGCAGCGGGCCGCUGAGUCAGAGCAGCGGGUGCUACAGCUGGGCGGGCAGCGGGCCUCUGGGGGAGCUGUUCAGUGGCAGUCUGAGCCAGCCGUCGCACGAGGCGUUCAGGCUGGCGGCGCAGUGGGAGCAGAUGCCCCUGGACCCCUUGGAUCCCUUGAGCCCUUUGGGCCCUCGGGCAGCAGGCGCGUGCGACACUGGUAUGCUUGGCGGUUUCAGUGGAGCAUGGGGCGAGCUUGGAAGGGGCGAUGCGGGAGGUGGUUGGAUGGAGGACGUGUUUGGCAGGCUGGUGGGCGAGCAGCGGGCGAUGGGGUGCAGGCAGCCGCUGGUUGAAGUGAACCGUGUAGUGGGUCUAACGGAUGAGGGGAAGCAGCAGCAGCAGCAGCAGCAGCACUCAGCGGUUGUUGUGGGAGACUCACAGAAGAGCUUGUCCCUUGGGAGUUGUAUGGCUGGGCUGGCGAUGGGCGCUGGGUCAAGUGUGACACGAAGGGCGUCUUUUGCGGAGGGGGGAACUGCAGCGUCAAGUGUGCAUGGGGAGAACAGUUCAGAGAUGUUCGAGUCUGCUACUAGCGAGGAUGAGGAGUUCUUUGAUGCGCAGGCGAGGAGGAGGUCGUGGGGGAGCGAAGGAAUUGAAGGAAUCGAAUGGAUGGAAGCGGUGGAAGUGAUGGAAGGAAUUGAGGAGGGGGAGGAGCGCUGGGGGGAGAGGGCGGUGAUGCAGCAGGCGAGAGCAGCAGUGGAUGGGACGGAUGAGCUGAAGGAGCGCAGCGGGGAUGGUGAUGGAGUGAAUGCUUCUCCCCAGCCUUUGCAUGAAAGCUCAGAAGAGCCACGAGUUGGGAGAGUGGGCGCUGGAGGGGAGGAUCCGGCUGUUGAGGAGGCUCCAAACAGCAUCUUCCUGACGCUGCUGCAGGCUAGCAGUGAGGAUAGGCGGAUGGAGGGCCAAAAGUGGAGCGUGGAGGGCGUUGGCGUUGAGGAUAAGGGGGAAAUUGUGAGAGGACAGGAGGGGACGGCAAUUGAUGGACAAUGGACGGGCACAGUGAGUGGUGAGGGGCAACUGGAAGCGGUGGUGGGAGAGGAAGAAGGGAGACACGAUGUACAACUUAAGGUUCAGGAAUUACAACUAGAGAAACUAGGGGACGAGGAGGCGGCGGCGGAGGAGGAGGAGGAGGAGGAGGAGGAGGAGGAGGAGGAGGAGGAGGAGGAGGAGGAGGAGGAGGAGGAGGAGGAGGAGGAGGAGGAGGAGGAGGAGGAGGAGGAGGAGGAGGAGGAGGAGGAGGAGGAGGAGAAGAAGGAGGGAGAAGAGGAAGAGGGGGAAGAGGAGGAGGCAGAAGAGGAAGAGGAAGAAGAGGAAGAAGGAGAGGAGGAAGAAGUGAAAGAAGAGGACGAGGAAGAAGAGGAAAAAGAAGAGGAGGAAGAAGAUGAGGAAGAAAAAGAGGAAGACGAGGAGGAGGAAGAGGAAGAGGAAGAGGAAGAGGAGGAGGAAGAAGAGGAGGAAGAAAAAGAAGAAGAAGAAGAGGAGGAAGCGGAAAAGGAGGAAGAUGAAGAGGAGGAGAAUGAAGGAGAGGGAGAAGAAGAAGAAGAAGAAGAAGAGGAGGGUAGGGAGGAAGGUGAGAAAGGCGAGGAAGAGGACGAGGAAGGGGAGGAUGAUGAGGGAGCAGGUGAUGAGCAGCGCAACAAGUAUGAAGACUCCAAUGGCAUGUCCUUGGUCCUGGAGCCGUCUUUGAGGACAGAGUGGGAUGAAAGUGAGGACGAUGAGAGCCUGCAAGCACUCGAGGUAGCAGCCAGUGCAAGACCAGCAGGCGUGCUGGUGAAAGGGUGCUCUGAUGACGAUGAGAGGGAGGAGGAGUCUGGCACCGGAAAGGGGGUUGAGCCAGAAAGGGUUGUUCGUCAGGAAUUGUCUGACUCUGAGUCGGGCAAGAACACGAGCUCUGGUUCCUCGUCUGAUCGGAGCGAGGAACACACUUCAGAGGUUUCAGAUCUCUCUGGAGAGCAGGCUGACACUGAAAGCACUGCAGAUGAGGUGGGGGAGGAUGAGCUGGAAAUGGCUUUCUUGUUCCGCCAGCUGAGGUUGUUUCAUGCAAGCCCAAGGCCGACACCGACCAUGAAGCAGAGCCAUUGGUCGAUUUGGGAAAAGGAUGAGCUGCCAUGGAGACCAGAGCUCCCCAUGAUAAUGGAGGUUCCUGGACUUGAAGCCCUUUGCGUUGCAGAGCAGCAACAGCAGUAA